CUAAUAGAUCUCUCAGAUAAGACAGACUAUGAAUGUAGGAUGCGAGGGCGACAUAAAGGGAACGAAGGGUUGAGCCAUGCAGCAUCAUCAGCUUGUCUUUACAUUCGUUUGACUGAGCUCAGAUCACUCUUUGGGAGCUUCUUUCUAGAGUCUUUCGUAUCUUGUCACUCGCUUUAGAACUCACUUUCACUCGUUACGCGGUCAUUGCUCGUUAUCUCUACGUAUCAUUUUCCUCCGAGUACCAAACGCCUUUCAGACAUUUGCAUCAUGUUGUUACGAGGCGCUUUCGGUCUUGCAGCCUUGACUGGCUUUGCGGCCUCUUCGCCUUUCGUUUCGAACUUGAUGCCGAGAAGAGCAUGCGAUGGCAACACUGCUUCCACCCGCUCGGAGUGGUGCGAUCACUCCAUCGAUACCGACGCGUCCAUCGAGAUUCCAGACACUGGCGUGACCCGCGAGUACUGGCUCGAACUCACCGAUGUUGUUGUAGCGCCUGAUGGCGUAUCCAGGACGGCGAUGGCCAUCAAUGGCUCCAUACCAGGACCGACGCUCAUCGCAGACUGGGGCGACAUGGUCGUUGUUCAUGUGACCAACUCCCUUACGUCAUCGAACAACGGCACCAGCAUACACUUCCACGGUCUUUGGCAGAAGAACACAAACGAUCAGGAUGGUGUGAGCUCCAUCACCCAAUGCCCAACCGCACCAGGCGAGUCAAUGACUUACACCUGGAGGGCUACCCAGCACGGGUCGACUUGGUAUCACUCGCAUUUCGCGCUUCAGGCGUGGCAGGGCGUUUUUGGUGGCAUCGUCAUCAAUGGACCUGCAACGGCGAAUUACGACGAGGACUUGGGUAUGCUUUUCCUCAACGACUGGGACCACCAGACGGUUGAUGAGCUCUACCUGUCCGCCGAAAUGGAUGGCCCGCCAGUUCUCGACAAUGGCUUGAUUAACGGUACCAAUACCUUUGGAGACGGCGGCCAUCGUUACAACGUCUCCUUCACAGCUGGAACUUCUUACCGUAUUCGCCUCGUCAAUGCCGCUGUCGACACUCACUGGAAAUUCAUGAUCGACAACCACACCAUGACCGUCAUUGCAUCCGAUCUAGUACCCAUCGAGCCCUAUGAAGCUACUGUUGUCAGCAUCGGCAUGGGUCAGCGAUACGACGUCAUCGUAACAGCUGAUCAGGGAGACGUGGUUGAAAAUUUCUGGAUGCGCGCUAUUCCGCAGUCCGCAUGCUCUGAGAACGACAACGAAGACGACAUCCGCGGUAUAGUCUACUACGGUGGCUCGGCUGGAACGCCGGCCACCUCCGCAUACGACUACGAAGACAGCUGCUCCGACGAGACCGAGAACCUUGUGCCGCACAUCCCAAAGACUGUCGGGGCAACAUCGUCCACAGCCGAUGAGCCUGUAUCUGUCGGCCGCAACGACGAGAACAUGUUCAAAUGGGCUCUCAACAGCACCUCCAUGGUCGUAUACUGGGACGAUCCUACGCUCAUGCAAGUUAUGCGAGAAGAAAGGACGUUCGAGGCCUCCAAUGCCGUCUUCCACCUACCGCGCGAGAACGAAUUCGUCUACGUAGUCAUCAGCACCAACAUCGGAGUACCUCAUCCAAUUCACUUGCACGGCCAUGACUUCUUCGUCAUCGCCCAGGGUACGGGAGAAUACACCGAUGACAUUGCUCUCAAGCUUGAUAACCCGCCGCGCCGCGACACCGCUAUGCUGCCAGCAUCGGGCUACCUUGUCAUCGCCUUCGAGACAGACAAUCCCGGAGCGUGGCUGAUGCACUGCCAUAUUGGCUGGCACACAUCUGAGGGCUUUGCCAUGCAGUUCGUCGAGCAGUACGAUAAGAUCGCAGGAAUAACCGACAAGGAUGCAUUGGAGAGCCAGUGCGAUAGUUGGAAGGCUCAUAGCGGCUCUGUUGGUAUCCUGCAAGAUGACUCUGGUGUAUGAGGCGCGGAGACUCUUUGUCACGUGACUCCCUGGAAGACUUGGGCUCACUCUGCUCGCUAGUUCAGCGCCUUGGCUAUCAUAAUACGCAUCAGCAUUCACUCUUGAAGUACAACUGUGCGUGCGAUUGAUGGCGCUUUUGAAACCCGCUUCACUUCCAUUCUUCAUCAUCGCCUUCGCCAUCAUUGGACGCGAGGUUGGCCCCCGCUUCAACGCCGACACGGUGUCAUGAUCUCUUGUAAGCGGAUACCAGAUGCCGACGGUGUUCG